AUGGGCGACCCCCAGUUCGCAAAGUAUCCCGAUCUCCAACUCGCCCAGCACAUCUUCCAGCUCACCAACCCCGCCUCCUCCAAAUCUGCCAAACAAUCAUCGCUCAAAUCGGUUCAGAAUGCCAUCCAAGAGCAUAAAAUGGCUCCUCUCUACCGUUAUCUGGCUCAUCCGGUAGAAGGCGUCCUCAAUGCACCCGGCGAGGGUUCGGCACAGCAGCCCACGAGCCACCGGAGACCGUCGUCCAGCGCCGCGACCAUGCUGGCCACCAAAAACCCCAACGUUGAAGUACCGCUUCCAUGGGAUGAGAAGCUCUUCGCAAGCUUGACGGCCGAGAACGAGAAGGAGCUUGAGGCUAUACAGAAGGAGGAAGACGAGGCGGCGGAGAAGGCGGGCGAGACUGAAGUGCAGGCUGCCCGUGGCAAGAGGGCUGAGUUGUACAACCGCAUCGGUGACAAGGAGAAAGCGAUUGCGAGCUACGAGGCUAUCUUCGAGAAGACCGGCAUUCUGGGCACUAAGAUUGAUCUAGUGUUGGCCAUAAUACGUAUUGCUAUGUUCUUCGGCGACAAGAUUUUGGCCAAAAAGACGAUCGAGCGAGCAACGGCGCUGGUAGAGAGCGGAGGCGAUUGGGAUCGCCGUAACCGUCUCAAGGCAUACCACGGCCUGCACGCCAUCACUGUGCGCUCCUACUCCCAAGCCGCCCCGCUGCUGCUUGACAGUCUGUCGACUUUCACUAGCUACGAAUUAUGCAAUUAUUCGUGGCUUGUCAUCUAUGCCAUUUUGGCCGGUUCCGUAGCGCUCAAGCGAGUCGACUUCAAAACAAAGGUCGUCGAUGCUCCCGAAAUCAAGGCCAUUGUAGGUAGCUCCGAAGAGAAGCUCUCCGCCAUCACUGGACAAACUUCUGCGGGGCCUGCUGCAGGCGACGAGGAGAUGUCCGACGCCCCUUCCACAGCAACGCCGGUGCCUACCGCUGUCAACCUCACGACGCUCGGUAGUCAGCAGGAGACGGCUGAGGUGUCAAUAGAUUUUUCACCGCUUUCCCGGCUGGUGAAGAGUCUAUAUGAAGGAGACUACAAGAACUUCUUCCGUGCUCUCGGAGAAGUCGAGGUUAAUUUCCUGAGUCAAGACCGCUAUCUGUUUGAGCACAAGAGCUGGUAUGUGAGGGAGAUGCGUCUGCGGGGCUACCAGCAAUUGCUCCAAUCGUACCGCGUAGUGGGUCUGCAGAGCAUGGCCAACGACUUUGGCGUUAGCGUGGACUUCCUUGAUAAGGAUUUGGCCAAGUUCAUCGCUGCGGAUCGGAUACCUUGCACAAUUGACCGUGUCAAAGGCAUCAUCGAGACCAACCGACCCGACGACAAGAAUAAGCAGUAUGCAGACGUAGUGAAGCAGGGCGACCAGCUGAUCACGAAGCUACAAAAGUACGGGCAGGCUGUGAGGUUACGGGGAAGCGAGCGUGGUUAGAAAAGGAAAUGCAACUGUAGAAUAUAUAAUCUAGAGAGCGGUUGACCAGGCGCAAACGCAACAGCCUAUAACGAGCCACGCUACGUAUGCCACGAUUAUGCAGAGUGCAGACACGAGAUUCGGAUGAUUGCUCGCAUGGUUUUCGUGAUGGGUCUGGAUCCAGUGAAGUCAAGAAGCGUGCCCGGGAGUCCUGCAGGGCCCACCCCUGGAGCUU